AUGGCAAGCAAAAUUGCUGAAGCCGAGUUAGACUCGGUUGAGAAGGUGUUUGCAGCCCAAGAAGCUGUACCCUCCUGGAAAGACCAGCUUACGUUCCGCUCAUUUGUUAUCGGCUUCUUGCUCACUAUUCUGAUUACAUUCAUCAAGGUAAAGGUAAGCCUAAACACAGAGAUCAUCCCCUCACUAAAUGUCUGUGCCGGCCUCCUUGGUUAUUUCUGCCUCAAGGUUUGGACACAGUGCUCCAGCCAGCUCCCAUUCACAAGGCAGGAGAACUCGGUUAUUCAAACCUGCGUCGUUGCUGGCUCCGGGAUCGCCUUCAGCGGUAAUUGA